AUGGCCAAACCCGGCCCUCGUUGCUUCUUAUUUCACCAAAUCGACUGUAUCAUCAAGAUUCUUUGGUAUUGGUUUGUCUCAAUCCUUGUGAAGCUCACUCCCUCGUGUUUUUGGCGAGAGAAGCCGAUCAAAGGCAAGACCGUCCUAAUCACCGGCUCCGGUCGUGGGCUCGGCAAGGCGUUGGCGUUGGAAUUUGCGCGGCGUGGAGCCAACUUGGUCCUGUGGAGCCGUUCGGCGCCUCCGUUGGCUGAAACCAAAGCGGAGAUCGUCGCGCUCGGCGUGAGGGUCGAGACUUAUGUGGUGGACGUGGGGGACAAAGAUCAGGUCCGCUUGGCGGCGGAACGAGUGAAACGAGAGGUGGGGCAAGUGGAUGUGCUGAUUAAUAAUGCCGGAAUUUGCUGGCCCCAUUGCACUUCAACUAUGCCGAAUGAUGAGCUGGACUUGUUCAUAAGGUAAUGAAACCAAAUUGAACGCCGUUUUUGACUUUCUAAAGACCAAGGCAUUAUGCCCAUGCAUUUCAGGACAAAUUUUUUGGCACAGCACUAUGUGAAUCACGAAUUUGUGCCGGAGAUGAUAGAACGCGACGAAGGGCAUGUGGUGGCGAUGUCAAGUGUCUCCGGCAUUAUCAGCAUCCCUUUUCAAGUAAGUUGCGUCGGCAAAAUCUGAACGUUGGUUCGGUAAAACUUGAAUAUACCAUACAACUUGCAACAAAGCAUGGCAAAAUCCAUUUCAGGCCGCAUAUGCCUCAUCCAAACAUGCAAUGUCAUCCUACAUGGCCUCUUUGCACGCUGAACUGCAAUUACUCGAAAGCAAUGUGAAAGUCACUGUAUUAUCAGCAUAUAUCGUGGAGACCGAGAUGACCAAGGGCUUUAACGCGUCGACGUAAGAGAACUACGCUUUUCAGCUGGGAUAUGGAAAUUUGAAAUUUUAAUAUUUAGUACUCCAUGCCUUCUGCCAAACUUGAAAUUGAACUACACCAUUCAACGAUUUGUUCAUGGAAUCUUGACGAAUGAAACGGAAGUAAUCUUGGGACGAUUCUGGUAUUGGAUCAGCUGGUUUUUGGCGUAAGAAAAGUUGAAACAUAGGUUUGAGAUUCAAUAAAUUGUGACAUUUCGUCUCAAAGAAUAACCAUAUAAAUUUUACAUGGUUAUUCUAAGUUUUUUACUGUAAAAAUUCUCAAAAUUUGGCUUUUUACUUUUUUCUUUGAUUUUCGAAAAUCCAAUAAAAUCUGUGACAUUUCGUCCAAAAAAUCUUAAAGGUGCUUUUAACUGUUUUAAUAAAAUGUUGUUCCAAAAACUUGUGUUUUGAAGUGGUUCAAACAACUUUUAAAAAUCCAAUAAAGGCUGUGACACUUCGUCAAAAGCAUCGAUUUAUUUCAGAAGUGCUCCAUUCAUGUCGGCUUACCAUUUUAUGCGUUUCGUUGGCCUGGAUCGCGUGCUACGUGGACUGGUGCAGAAUCGAAUCCCCGAGAAAAGAGCGAAUAGAAACCUGUUGAUUGGGAAGCCAUGA